AUGGCGCCGAUGACGCCACUCAGCUCUAGUCCCAGGAAGCGACGCGUAGCGAGUCCCGCAAACGGAGUCAAGACACCACCUCUCUCACGGGAAGCUGCGAUACCAGAAUUCAGUCCCGAAGACUCCCAAGAUGUCGGCCAGCACGAUGCGUCUGCGCUGUCGGACGAAGUCGACACCCACCUUGUCCAAAACAACGGAAUGCUGCGCCUCCCAUCCGAACUCCUUGAAAUGGUAGCUUCCAACAUGCUCGGCACUACGCACAUCUUCAAUUUUGGACUGGUCAACAAACGUCUUGGAGAAAUUGUUCAAAAAACCAUCCUGCGAGAGCUGAUCGUGUCGGGGAGGAACAUCAAAGGCUUCUUGCGAAUGCUUGGCUAUCAGCCGGAACUCCUUAGCAAGGUACUCAGUAUCAAUCUUGGGGAUUUCGGGUGCAGUCACCACGUAGGCUGUUUCUGCGCGAAUGGAAACAGUCUCGACCUGGACAUACUGGAAGGUCUUGGCGCAGCCAUCUCUACGACUACUGGACAUACCCCGGACUGGAGCCGGGUUUGGGAAAGCAACGCCUCAGUCGGCACCAUAUGGAGGAAGGAGCCAGCGCUUUACCUUAAUCUUCUCGCGAUAUCGUGUCCCAACAUCAAAUCGGUGGCUGUUCAGCUACCGGAAGUGAGGCCCUUUUUCUCCAGCCAACCGCCACGUUCGCUUCAGCGGGCACCUCUAGUCUUUCCAGCGCUGAAUCUUGAGAUGCUACCCGGUGCUCCAUUCCAAGGACCAGCGUUACCACUGUUCCAGGCCAAGCUCGAAUCUCUCACAAUCGCGGAGAACACCAGAUGGAAAGGGCCGCCCACCAUCGAGGUUCUUGAGUCGCAUGAUGCCAAAUGGAGGAGUAUGGGAGCACACAUAAUCACACUGGCGGAUUUCGCAAGAUUGAAGCGGCUUGACAUACCCAUGGGCAUUCUUGGGCGCCCCGACGACGUAGUCUUCUCUCUUGCGGCCAAACCUUUUGCAGCACGUGUCAAUGAUGCGCUCCCGGCUAAAAAGACUUUAGAAGAGGCACGUUCCAAAGUCAUACCACUCACUAUCCAACGCCUUCACUUGCGCUCGUGUAAUAAAUGGACGUUUGCUCUUUUGCAAAGAAUAAACGAAAUCCCUGUGGGCGACCUGAGACUCAAGCACGUUGAGCUAUAUUUCAACACGCCGUGUAAACAACUCAUCAUACUGUGCAACGCUUUCGAUCUGGGUCGGCUGGAUUACCUUGACCUACUUACAAGCCUCGGUCGCAAAGGCAUCAAAGUGACCUUCCAUAAUCUGGACAGUUUCCAGUUCACUCUCCGCUUCGAGCAGAAACUUGCGCCUCUCGCUAAAGAGACUCUAUUCUUUGGUGCGAGCUUUGUCACCACGGAGAGUACGAACGCACAGUCUCCAGAUCAGUACAGAGACUCGAUCAAGAAACCGUGUGCGAAAGAAGAGCAGACAAAGCGGUCCAAGAAAGCUGAAUUCAACGAGCCUGCAUCAUACAUUACCGAUAAGGCGCAGGGCUUGGACGAGGACAUAGAACGUCUGCAUUUAGAAUCUGUAAGUAUCCCCAUGGCCGCCGAGUUCAGUGAGACACUGUGGGCUAGCGUUGCCUGGAAGAUACUGCUGCAACCGAAGAGGAGGUUAUGCUACAGGAACUGUUCAGAAGGUUUGGGUGGUAUCUAA